GGGGGAGUCCUGACACUUCCUGGAAGUGGGAGAGGGAGGGAGAGGGGGAGAGAGAGGCUGGUCAUUGCUGUGGCCUUCAGUCAGGUGGGUGUGCCAGUGGUUUGGCAGGAGUCACCAUCGCAAAGGGCAGUGACGGCUGUUCCUGCCCUGGGAAGAAAAUGUUUUGUUUUCACACUGAGCUCAGUAUAUCGUCCGUGAGAUCAGAAGUGAGAGAACUCACCUGGCCGAGGUUGUGACUGUUGUGGGUGAAAUAUUGACCCAGUGGUUCUGAGUCUCAUUGGAAUUCUUGCUAUAGGCUCCAACGAACAGUCAUCUGUGAUAAUGAAGCUGCGGUCACUGGGGAUCCAGGAUAAUGCUCUGGCGUAUGCCAUGACCUCGCUUGGAUCUGGCCUGAUGACCAACAUGUUCAGCUUCUAUUACGUGAAGCUCUUUCUGAAUCAGUACAGAAUUUCUGAGACAGCAUUUCACCAAGCCCAGGUGAUCUUCAUGAUCUGGAAUGCCCUGAAUGAUCCUCUCUUCGGCUACUUUCAAGACAACUCCAACCUAACGUGCUGCGUCAAACGCCGCCUCUCCAUCCUGUUCGGCUCUCCGUUCUACGCUAUAGCUUUCCUGUUGCCCUGGUUCCCGUGGCGGGUCUAUCAGGAGGGUGACUGGCUGUGCGGGGUCCACCUGAUUAUCUCUCUGUGUGCCUAUGACGGAAUGCUGACUUUUGUCCUCCUGGCCCAGUGCGCUCUCUUUGCUGAAAUGUCAACCAAGCACGAGAACCGUUUACAGCUGAUCAAAUACAAUCAGGUUGCCACCUUGAUCGGAUCGUCCAGUGUCCUUUUCUGCGGCUUGAUAUCCAAGAACAUGGAAAACUUCCAACGUUUCCAGGGCUUUGCUCUCCUCGUGGCAUUUCUGGCCUUCGGCUGCAUGUAUUACACGGGGACCCACAGCGUCAGCCAGUACGAGCAGGGGGACAGAGCGUCUGAGAAGGAGAUGGCCAAGAGAGCUUCAGAUGCCUCCUGGACCUCGGUGUUCAGCCUGACCAAGCAAAUCGUGAUGCAGCACAACUUCCUGUUCUUUGUGAUCAUGAACCUGUUCCAGGUUUUCCAUCUGGCUUUCUGGAACAACUUCAUGCUAAUCUUUGCCGACCACCUGAUCCCACCUGACAUGCUCCCGGCCUUUGUAAAGAGCAUCAUGUAUGGAGCUGGGUUCAUCUGUCCUCAGCUUUUAAUUCUCAGCAGCCAGUCCCUGCUGAGGAAAUUUGGUUAUUACAAAGUCAUCCUGUUUGCCUUCUACACGGAAUUGAUAACAGCGACAGCCAUGAUGGCUCUCGGCCCAGGUCACUACUACAUACUGGCUUUCUACCUCGUCGGGAACAUGGUGAUGGUGACUGCUGCUUUCAGCCUCUUUAACCUGCCCCUGGCUGAUAUUAUUGAUGCUGACCUUCACAACCACAAGCGCAGUUUUCCGCUGUCUUCUAUGAUAUUUGGUACCAAUGCUUUGUUUACAAAGCCGGCACAGUCACUGGCCCCAAUGCUUGUGGUUACUAUACUUAACCAGUUUGACUAUAAAAAAUUGAAGGAUGCCUCUACGCAUGUGGAUUUGGGUGCUCUGCAGGAACUCCACAACGUCAUGUUUUACCUGGUCUGCCUGAUCCCAAUUUGCGUUGCCGUCCUGCAGAUUCUGGCCUGGACUCAUUUCUCCAUCCGGGACACCCAUACAGACACAGCAAAGUACAUUGAUUCCUAAGGGCCCACCGUGUGUGCCUGAGAAAUCACUAAAAACUGCACACAUCGCUUAACCUCUUUGGAGUUUUUUUUUAAAAUACUUGGUGAUCACCAUAUUCUGUGCUCUAGUUGUGCAGAGUUGGUGAGAUGGGAGAACUAUAGAAUGAAAAUAUAUAGUCGGUGUAAAGAUUAAAUCUUUUGAAGUGACUUCAACGGCAUUUUGAAGAUUUCAGAAUUGAUGUUUUAGAUGGUUAGUGGGAUUCUAUAAAUGUUAACAGGUGUUUAAACACUUUUGGCUUUUGGUUAACCAAUUUCUCUUCUGCCACACAGGCUACAGAAGCACUGGUAGGUUAACCAUACAGGCCAGGCAGCUCCAUGCUUCAUUCUCUGGGCUGAGCGGCUAACUGAUCUCAGUCAGGGAAGUGGUCGGAGGAUUGCAGUUGGGCUCAGUUAGGGAAGUGGGGGCUGGAGAGAUAGCAGUCCAGGUUUCCAAUGGCUGUCUCCCCCCCCCUCCCCCCCCAUAACACUUAUUCAUACUUGAGUUCUUUGCUUAAAUAAUCAUGAAGAAUUAAGUUGAAACCUCACUUUUGUUGGAAGGCCUAGAUAUCUCUUCUCUGUCAUAUGUUCAACAUAUUACAAGCAUAUCCUUACACAUUUUGCCUGUGAAUUGUUCAGCAUUGUGUAUGCGAUGGCCUUCGCUUGUGAUUGAAAAUUGAAAAUCACAAGUUCAGCAUCUGGCCCUUUCUCCCAGAAUUGCUCUCCAUUCAUAUCAGAGGAUAAUAGGAUCUUUUUGAAUAUGUGGCAUUCAUUUUGUCUAUUUGAAAAGGAAAAAUAGGGAGAAUGAGAGUCGUUACAUGGAGGCUAAGAAAUGAAGAAUAAUUGUAGAAUAUCCGGAUAUUAAAACCUCCUUCCUGUAGAUUAUUUGCUCUUUAAUUUCACACAAAGUACAUGGCUAAUGCAAUUAUCGGGCAUGCAGAUGAGGAAAUUCAGCAUAUGGUCACCACUAUAAUAAUAAUAAUAAUAAUCCUUGCAUUUGAUAUAG